AUGCUUCAUCACACAGAAGAGAAACCUUAUGAGUGUGAAGUAUGUAAGAAGUCAUUUAGACAAAAGUCUAAUUUAAAAAGCCAUGUACUCAUUCACACAGGAGAGAAACCUUAUGAAUGUGAAGUAUGUAAGAAGAGUAAUUGUAAUAAGCAUUUGCUUAUUCACACAGGCAAGAAACCUCAUGAAUGUGAAGUAUGUAACAAGUCAUUCAGUCGAAAGUCUCAUUUAAACAGCCAUAUGCUCUGUCACACAGGAGAAAAACCUUAUGUGUGUGAAAUAUGUAAGAAGUCAUUUUGUUACAAGAGUAAUUUUAAUAAGCAUUUGCUUAGUCACACAGGCGAGAAACCUUAUGAAUGUGAAGUAUGUAAGAAGUCAUUUAGUCAAAAGAGUAGUUUAAACAACCAUAUGCUCAUUCACACAGGAAAGAAACCUUAUGUUUGUGAAGUAUGUAAGAAGUCAUUUAGUCGUACAGAUAAAUUAAAGAGGCAUUUGAGUAUUCACACAGGAGAGAAAUUUUAUGUGUGUGAA